AAACAUAAUACAGUGCAAACAAACCAAACCAACCACCCACAGAUAACAGUACAUACAAGCAAGCGUCGUCAGACAGGCCGGGUCAAUAUCAAUAGGGCAGGUAGGUACAGGGGGAGCAAGCGGAGAUGGGUCGGGGUCACAGGCCAGGUUCAGCAGGUAGCAAGCAGCGUGGUACAGAGGGUCAGGCAGAGGGAUGGUCAGGAGCGAGCCGGGAUCAGAGCAGGAGAAGUCAGCAGCGGUUCAGAUCAGGCAGGGUCAGCAAAGGAACAGAAACAGGAUGCAGGACAGAUACAGGGCCCAGGACAAACACAACACCAAGGCAGAGUCUGCAAGUCUGGCCAU